AUGAGAGCAAAAGCAAAACGUCCUUUCAAUCUAAAGCUUCUUCCAAUUGGAAUUGUUCUAUCUGUUUAUCUUCUCUUUAUUUUAAGAUCAAGAUCAAUCCCAUCUCUGAGCCCAAGUGAUUCAAGAAAUGUGGAGACAACAAAUUGUUCACCUACUUUCACCAAAAUCCCAUCUCCUCUUGCUCAAGCCGUGAUUCACUACACAGCCUCCAAAAUCACUCCACAGCAAACACUCAAAGAAAUAUCAGUAACUUCCAGGGUUUUAGAACACAAGUCCCCUUGUAACUUCUUGAUCUUCGGCCUCGGCCACGAUAGUCUCAUGUGGCAAUCACUUAACUACGGUGGGCGUACAAUUUUCUUAGAGGAAGAUGAAGCAUGGAUUGAGCAAGUCAAGAAAAGAUUCCCCAUGUUAGAGUCAUAUCAUGUUACUUAUGAUACUAAAGUAAACCAGGCAAAUGACUUAAUUGAAGUAGGCAAAGGGCCAGAAUGCACUGCAAUUUCUGAUCCCAAAUACUCCAUGUGCCAACUAGCCUUGAAGAGUUUGCCUAGUGAAGUUUAUGAAAUAAAAUGGGAUUUGAUCCUGGUCGAUGCUCCUACUGGAUACCAUGAGGAGGCACCGGGGAGGAUGACUGCGAUAUAUACGGCCGGGAUGAUGGCACGGAAUAGGGAGAAUGGAGAGACUGAAGUUUUUGUGCAUGAUGUGAAUAGGGUUGUGGAAGAUAUGUAUUCUAAGGAGUUUUUAUGUGAGGACUACAUGAAGAAACAAGUGGGAAGAUUAAGGCAUUUCACAAUCCCAAGUCAUAGGAAUAAAUUGAACGAACCAUUUUGUCCUUACUCCUUGGGAAUUAAACAAUAA